UAUAAAACUCAGUGCACUGUUUUCGUAACAUAUUAUAGUUUUGGGAACAUAAAUGUAUUGAGAGCAGAUGUUUCAUUGAUGAAAAAAUUAGCAGAAUGUCGGCCCAGUUUCACCUAGUUCCAUAUUCUCCCAUUACCCGCGACUGUACUUCCUCUCACUGCCAUCUUUGGUGGUGAGAAAACGAACGCUUCAGCUUUAUAGCCCCUGUCUGGGUUUCUCCUUCUGUCAGUGGGUACAACACGGAAGGUCUUCGCUGCAAUAAUUUGACACUUCUGCUUGUUCACUUCGAAUAACUACAUGUCUAUUCUUCCUCAAGAAGAAUUGGUCAAGAAAUGGGAAAGUGAACAGGCCAGCCUGAGGCAGCAGGUGGUGGAGGAGGACACAGAGGAUUGGCAGAGAAGUCCAGACUUCACCGGGCUGGAGAGGGUUGGAGGAGUGGACCUGUCGUUCAUCAAAGGAGAUGACGUCAACGCCUGUGCCCAGCUAGUGGUACUCAGCUACCCAGACCUAGAGCUGCUGUAUGAGGACAGUCAGAUGGUGACCCUAACCGCCCCCUACAUCUCAGGGUUCCUGGCCUUCAGGGAGACCCCCUAUCUGCUGGAGGCCCUGCAGCGCCUGGAGACGACCCAGCCCAGCCUGCUACCUCAGGUGGUCUUGGUGGAUGGGAAUGGUCUGUUCCACUACAGAGAGUUUGGCCUGGCGUGUCACCUGGGAGUUCUGUCAGGGCUUCCUUGUAUAGGUGUGGCCAAGAACCUCCUGCAGGUACAGGGUGUGGAGAAGAACGAGGAACACCAGUCACAAAUUGCCUCAUUGCAGAAGGGAGGAGACAGCUUCCCUCUGACUACCGACUCAGGAAAAGUGCUGGGGAGGGCCCUGCGUAGUUCUGACAGCAGUACCAAACCAGUGUAUGUUUCAGUGGGCCACAAGAUCAGCCUGGACACGGCCCUGCGCCUCACACACUCCUGCUGCCGCUACCGUGUCCCAGAGCCUAUCAGACAGGCAGACAUGCGCUCCAGAGAGUACCUCCGUGUCCACUUCCCAUCUGCUGCAGACACCUGAGCAUAGAGGAGACGGUGCUGGGAAGUGGACACAUCAUGAAAUUCAAAACACAACAGUGAUGCCAUACAAGAAGAUACCCGAAGAGCCUUCAGCGUGCCUGUUAGUGUGUGAAUGUGUGUGUGUGAGAGAGUGAGUGGGUGGGCGCAUGAGAGACAGUUCAAAUGAGAUUUACAGUGUUUUUAUUAUCUCUUUAUAUCUACUGUAGAUUAUAUGGGUAUUUUUAUAUAAUAAUCUUUUUAUAUACUGUACUCAUGUUUUGGGCUUUUUUUACACAGAGAUGCUUUUUUAUCCUGUAAAUAAAUCCCAACUGUGCCCUGAA